AACUCACCACUUUUUAUAAAUAUCUCCUUUCCCAAAUCACCCCUUCCAUCUUUCCUGUCAUUUUGGCAGCUUUCCAUUUUGUAGUAUUGGAGUUGGACCACUUCUUUUUUGCUUUCACCCAACUGUACUACUUUUUUCUUGCUAAUACUACCUCUUUGCUUCCACUAAGGAGGCAAGUAUUUAACUUGUCUACUCCUCUUCUUGAGUGCUCCUUGAUUGCAAACACUUAUUAUAGACUUCUGAGUUGUCCCUUCUUUUUUUCAUGACUGGGUUUUCAAGAAUAUUUAUGAAUUAUUAACUUAUCUGGUUGUGUGUGUGUUAUGGAGGAAGAGUAAAACAGUACAUUUUGGGUGGGUGGGUUGCUUUGAAAUUGUAGAAUUAAGGGGGGGAAAAUGGAGUCAUGGAGCUAUUUUUCAGGGGAGAAGGGUUUUGGAUCAGAUGAAUCAGUUUCUGUUAAUGAUGGAAUGGGGAGAGUGAAAAAUGGAGUUAUGAGUUGGGAAUUGAAGACCCAAAGUAGCUAUGGAAUGUGUUCAAGUGAUAAUCAAGGAUUUCAUGAAUUGGGUUCUCCAAAUCUGAUGAGAAAACCCAUGUUUACUGACCAAAUGAGAGAUGGUUUUACUAGUAGUAAGCAUUGGGGUGGUAGCAUAUUUGGUGCAUUUUCUGGGGAAGAUAAAUCUAGUUCUAAACUAUCAAGCUCAGCAGUGGAUUCAAUUUCUAAAGACUCAUCACUGAUUGAUUUGAAACUUGGAAGAUUUCCUGAUCAUCAUGUAGAUGGAAAUAUUUUCAAAUCUCCUAAGAGCUCUGAGUCAAUUGUUCCAGCUAAAAGAAUGAGAGCAGGAGGUUUGAACUCCCACAAACCAUUUUGCCAGGUUCAAGGUUGUGGGAAGGAUCUCAGCUCCUGUAAGGACUAUCACAAGAGGCAUAAAGUGUGUGAGGUUCACUCAAAGACUGCUAAAGUUAUCGUAAAUGGCAUCGAGCAGCGGUUUUGCCAGCAAUGUAGCAGGUUCCAUCUACUGGCUGAGUUUGAUGAUGGCAAACGUAGCUGCAGGAAGCGUCUUGCAGGUCAUAAUGAGCGCCGAAGAAAGCCCCCUCAUACUGGUACCAGAUUUCGUGGAACUUCUUUUGCAACGUCAUCCUUUGCGUGCCAAGACAUACUUGGCAGCCGCUUUCUGCAUCAGCCUAAAUAUGAGAUGAGUGACUGGUAUAAGAAUGUAAAAGUUGAAGAUGGUGUUGAUUAUAGCCCUCAACUUGCCAUGCCCUUUACAAAUGGACAGUUACAACCAAAAUCUCAUUUUACAUCAUAUCAUGCCAAGAAAGGGUGUCAUUCUUUCCAUGAUGGACUACCUGCUGUAACAACAAGCAGAAUUAACGAGAGUACCAACUCAUCUCUGCAUGAAAUGCGAGGAUCAGAUUUUGUUUCCCCUUCUCUGUUCCAUACCACCUCAACUGGUUCUGAAGUCUUGCAUGCUUUGGACACAUCUUCCAUUCAGGGGCUAUCAGGGAUAUCAAAUUCUAGCAAUGCUCUCUCUCUUCUGUCAUCUCAAUCACAGGGCUCAUCAAAUCAUUCCACUGUUUUUUCCACUUCUCGCCCCCUGAUUCAACCAAACAAUACUUACAAUGUGACCCAAGCAUCUAAAAAUGUUUUGGGACUUGGUCCUCAGGCUUCAGCAGGUAGAAUGUCCAAUACAUUCAAUUCAUCUGGGGUCAAUUCUGCAGAAGGUGGACUGGACCAGAUGCUAUUUCCUAGCAACACUUGUGGUAUCAAUCGAAUCAUUCAAGGAUCAGAUUUGGUGAACCCUAAGAAUCAACUUUCUUGUGAAGAUGGACCUACUAUUGAUUUGCUCCAGUUGUCAUCACAGCUUCAGCGUGUGGAGCAUCAAAGGUUUUCCAUGCAAGUGAAGCAGGACGGCAAUGCUUUUCCCAGUCUCAGAAUCACUUGAGCAGAUGCAAAUAUCUGGAUUAGUGUCAAAAUUGGUGGGAGUUGAACUGCUGAAGUGUGCAGCAACUCACUCAAGUAGCUGACACCUU